AUGGAUCCGAACACAAAAACAAUUAUGAUUUUCGCAUUGUUUUUUCUCUGUUUAUCUUUCCCCAGUAUUUCACUGGCUAACGAUGCUGAAGCUGACGAUGAAACACCAUUUACGUACGAACAAAAUCCAGAGAAGGGACCAGAGGGAUGGAGCAAAAUAAAUCCUCAUUGGAAAGUUUGUAACAAUGGAAAAUUACAAUCUCCGAUCGAUCUCACUAACGCAAGAGUCAGUCUUAUUCAUGAUGAAGCGUGGAGAAGAGAAUACAAACCAUCCCCGGCUGUUAUUAUGAACAGAGGACAUGACGUUAUGGUAUCGUGGAAAGGAGAUGCUGGAAAGUUAACGAUACGUGAAAUGGAGUUUAAAUUGGUGCAAUGUCAUUGGCAUUCACCGUCUGAGCAUACUGUUAACGGAACUCGUUACGACCUGGAGCUUCACAUGGUUCACACGAGUGCUCGAGGCAGAAUCGCAGUGAUUGGAGUUCUUUAUAAAGUGGGCAAACCUAAUGAAUUCCUCACAAGGUUACUCGAUGGAUUAAAAACAGUGGGAAAAGAAGAGAAGGAUCUAGGGAUUGUGGAUCCAAGAACCAUUAGAUUUCAAACCAAGAAAUUCUAUAGAUACAUUGGCUCUCUCACUGUUCCUCCAUGCACUGAAGGUGUUAUUUGGACCGUCGUCAAAAGGGUGAAUACAAUAUCGGUGGAGCAAAUUGCAGCUUUGAGGAACGCCGUUGACGAUGGAUAUGAGACAAAUUCAAGACCGGUUCAAGACACAAAUGGAAGACCGGUUUGGUUCUUUGAUCCAAAUGUUUGA